AUGCAGUACGGCCACGGCCACCUUCCCAUUCAGGACAGGCGAGACCCCAACCUCGACUCCAACUCCUCUUUCCACCAGAACGCGCUCGGCCAGGCGCUGGGCAACCAUCUCCCCGCCAACUCCUACUCCCGCCCCGCCGACUAUCGCAACCCAUCUACUUCCCCGCCCACCCUCGCUCAGCAGGCCGCUUCUCAUGCUCCCACGGCCUCAAACCACCCCCCGCUCGCUUUUUCCGUUCAGCAGGGUCCCGCCGCUACAUCCCCCGCCAUGAAGCGCAAGCACGUCGACCCCGCCCUCGCUCCCGCCGCCCUCAAGCGCAGGCGCGAGACCGGCCCCGCAGACGACUCGGACAUGUACGAUCUCGAGGGUGCCGGCCAGGGCGCAAAGCACUGGACUGACGAUGAAAAAUCAAAGCUCUUCACCUGGCUCAUGGGCAUGGGCCACGAAGACCACUGGAAUGCACUCCGUGCCACAAAAAAUUCGUGUCUGCGAGAUUGCGCAGCAGAGGUUUUUGGCGGGAAAAAGACGUACCAGGCAUUGAAAGGCUGCUAUGAGCGCAACUUCAACUUGUUCAAGCAGAUAUACGCAUUUGAGACCGCGCAUGUGUCAGCGGGGCCCGGGCAGGCGAAUCUCGCGCAGAUGGGCGAGGCCGACAGGCUGCGGGAGUACGAGCGGCGUUUGCAGAUCGCCCGCAAGUCGGGCAGCGACGUCGGCAAUAUCACCGCGCGCACCAUCGACCACUGGCAUCGCGUCGGCUGGUACGACCUCUUUUAUCAGCGGUGGCAUGGCGAUCCGGCGACGACGCGGCCGGUGCAGGGAAGGAACUCGGGCGUGGGUAAUAACAGUAUGGUGGGUGGAGACGAGCAGGACGACGAUGAGCAGCAGAUCGACUUUGGCGAUCCGUCGUCCCAUAUGAAUGGUAUGAAUGGGUUGGCGCACGACCGCCAGCAGCAGCAGCAACAGCAACAGCAACAACAGCAUGUGUAUAUCAACCCUAGAGAUUUGCGUGAUAAUCCGCCUCAGCCGCCGCCGCCUCUGGCGCAGACGCCGUCUGUUGGUCUGCGGCCUGGUCCAUCGCAUACGCAACCGCAGCAGCAGCAUCCACAACAACAGCAGCAGCAUCAGCAUCAACCCCAACAACAUCAGCCGCCCCAACCCCAGCACCAACAGCCCCCGCAAUCGCACCAGCAACAACAGCAGCAACAACAGCAGCAGCAGCAGCAAUCGCAACACCAACAACAGCGUCAACAACAACAACAAGUCCAGCAGCAAGCGCAACAACAAGCGCACGCGCCCCAGCCCCAGCCCCAGCCCACACCGAUCCUCACGGGCGACCCGGCCUCGCUCAUGAACGUGGCGAUCACACAGGACCUCAUCUCGAGCUGCCUCAAUCUGCUGACGCUGCAGACCAAGCUCGCGCAGGAGAAGCUCGAGUAUAUACGCCGGCGCGAGGCGCGCGAGGUCAGCGAGCUUAAUGCCAAGAAGGAGCAGGAUAAGUCUGCGGUGAAUAAGAAUAAGACGGAGAAAGCGAUUGAGUUGAUAAAUAACCCGAAUGCAGAGGCGAAUCUCAAGCAGGCCGCUACGGAAUACCUCAGAAAAAUGUUUUUAACGGAUUGA